AUGGACAUCGAAUCGGAGUCUGAAGAAUUGCUCGAAGAGGACAAAACUGAUCAAGACCCAUCCGAUGCCGAACGUGGUUAUGACGAGAUGAAGUUACGUUCACCAUUUACUCCAUGGCCACAUGUAUUCAAUCUUGCGAAUUGUAUCGUCGGGGUAUCAGUGCUGGCGAUGCCUUUCGUGUUUCAGCAGUGUGGUAUUCUCCUAGCUGUUAUAAUGAUUGGAGCAUGUGCAGUGUUAACGAAAUAUACUUGUCACUUUCUAUGUAAAGCAGCUUUUUUGUCCAGUAAACACAGUUAUGAAACGUUGGCUCUUACGGCUCUUGGGCCAAAAGGUCGACGAUUUGUCGAAUUGUCGUUGUUGUCGUUUCUUGUUUCGUCCAUUGUUGCAUUCCUCGUUGUAAUAGGUGAUAUUGGUCCUCAUCUUGUGGCGGAUUAUUUAGAGUUAGAAGCGCCCACUCAAAGGUUGCGAACGCUUGUGAUGGUUGUGGUCCUACUGCUUGUCAUUUUCCCGCUAUGCCUCAUCAAGGAUCUCGAGAAGUUUUCUGUUAUAAGUUCAUUUGCAGUAUUAUUUUAUGCGAUUUUUGUUGUUCGAAUGGUACUAGAAGCCCUACCAGCUUUAUGGGAUGGAGCGUGGAGUAUGAAUGUAGUUUGGUGGCGACCAAGCGGCCUUCCCAUCGUAUGCAUGGCGUUGUCGUGUCAAACACAGCUUUUCUGUGUUAUUGACUGCAUUCGUGACGCAACCGUGUCCCGGGUCGAUGCGGUCGUAUCAGGAGCCGUAAACUUUUGUUCGGCAAUGUAUGCCGGAGUGGGAACAUUCGGUUACGUAGCCUUUUCUGCUCGUUCCCUUCAUGGUGACGUGCUUGUCGAAUUGGAGUCGUCCUUCCUGACCCAGCUUUUGAAGCUGGCGUUCAUGUUAUCGAUUGCGAUUUCUAUACCGUUGAUGUUGUUUCCGGCACGGAUUGCUCUUUUCAACUUAGUGCUACGGCCAACUAACUGCGAGCUGCCAGUGUCGCAUGCUAUGCGUUUUUCAACAUUUCACGUGCUUACCUUUGUCAUUUUAUUGUUCAACUUGACUGUCGCUCUUCUAAUUCCUAAUGUCGAAUUUAUUCUGGGACUGACUGGAUCACUGAUUGGUUCGAUGGUGAGCAUAAUUAUACCAUCACUUCUUUACCUAGCUGUGGUGAAGAACAGAGAGCAUUACAGUGUGUCUUAUGCCAAGGUAACAGUAUCAAUUACCAUAUAA